UUCGCUGGGUAAGCAAGCGGCGAAGCGUCUCUCUUACAGCGGGUUAAAUUCAAAUCGGCAGCGAGCGGCACCGGCAGCUAGAGCGGGGCCCGCCCGGCAGCUUCCGCACAGGGCUCGUCAGUGCUGCGAUGCCGUCGCCGCUGCCCAGAGCCCCGCGCCUUCCAUGACCCUGCGCAGCCCGGCUGGCCCAGGAGCGGCGAGCGGACCCGGAGAGCCCGGGGGUGACAUGGGCCCCGAGGAGAAGGAAAAUCACUCUUCUGAGCCACAAAGAAGGAUACUGAAAACCCCUCUGAAACAGCCAGCUACCUCAUAUUCAGUAUUAACGGAAAUACAGCCUGAUUCUGGACCUCUGACAACACCCCCUAAGUCUCAGGAAGUGCCUCCUGGAGAUCCAUGGACACCCACUGCUAACCUUAAAAUACUGAUCAGCGCGGCUAGUCCUGAGAUUAGAAACAGAGAACAAAAAAAGGGACUUUUUGACAGAAGUGAAAUCGUAGAGACAAAACACUGUUUACAUGAGCAUUUAUCAGGAGAUGAAUAUGAGAAAUCUCAACCAAGCCGUAAAGAGAAAAGUCUAGGAUUAUUGUGUCACAAAUUUUUAGCUCGAUAUCCUAAUUACCCCAGCACUGCAGAGAAUAGUGAUAUUUGCCUUGAUGAAGUAGCAGAAGAGCUUAAUGUUGAACGUAGACGCAUAUAUGAUAUUGUGAAUGUGCUAGAGAGCCUGCAUAUGGUGAGCCGCCUUGCCAAAAAUAGAUACGCUUGGUACGGGCGUCAUAAUCUCAACAGAACACUGCAGACUUUGAAAAAAGUUGGCGAAGAGAACAAAUACACACAACAAAUUGAGAUGAUCAAGAAGAGAGAAUAUGAGUUUGAGUUAGAUGGUGACAAAAAUGAGGAGAUGGCGACAAAACCUGUUGGCCCAAAUGAGCAUUCAGAAAUGUGUUUUGUUGAACUCCCAGGGAUGGAAUUUCGAGCAGCUUCAGUAAACAGCAGGAAAGACAAGUCUUUACGAGUGAUGAGUCAGAAAUUUGUGAUGCUGUUUCUUGUAUCAACUCCUCAAAUAGUGAGCCUUGAAGUUGCUGCUAAAAUUUUGAUUGGAGAGGACCAUAUAGAAGAUUUAGAUAAAAGCAAGUUUAAAACCAAAAUUAGGAGACUGUAUGACAUAGCUAAUGUUCUCAGUAGUCUUGAGCUUAUCAAGAAGGUUCAUGUUACAGAGGAGAAAGGCAGAAAGCCAGCAUUCAAAUGGACAGGACCAGAGGUUUUACCAGGCAUUCAGGAUACAAAACCUGUAACUACUACGACUUCCUUGAUUCCAUCUAAUUCUGCAAAAUCUAAAUCUCCCAAAGAGCAGUGUUCAAAAAAUCUCUUCCCUUCAAGAGGCAAGCAAAGCUUCACUCGGCAUCCAUCUCUAAUAAAGCUAGUAAAGACUAUAGAAAGUGACCGGAGGAAGAUCCAUUCUGCUCCAAGCAGCCCCAGCAAGACAAGCACAACAGAUAAUGAUCAAAAUUCAUCAUCCUUGCCAAGUAAAAUGGCCCAGCUUGCAGCAAUUUGUAAACAGCAGUUAGAAGGACAAUCAAGAGAAUUAAAGAUGAAAUUGACAAGAUCUACCUUAGAAUGUAAAUUGACCUCUAGUGAUGAAUCUCUUCUGAAAUGUGAACCUAAUACUACAUCAUCCUGUCAAACUCCAUCUCUUGUUCAGCCACUGGGGGUCCUGCCUCUUAUCCACAAUUCAGUUUCUCCAGUAAUGCUACCUCAAACCCAUUCUGCUAUUUCAUAUGCAAUAUAUUUGCAUCCUUCCCAAGCCCAGACUGUGACUACAUUACAGUCUGUGCCCUGUCCCAAUGUGACUGGAACUACAAGUGUUUUUGAUGCUAAUUCAAAAAUACCAUUUAAUCAAAUGACCACUGAAGAGAGGGACAGUAAUACAGGUGAAGGUGAUGCUGGGAACUUGGUGGCUAAAGAGAGACAAGUUACAAAAAUUGAGUUUACACCAGAGAGGUGCCUUAAAAGAUCUCAAGCAUUACAGGAGAACAGUUCAAUUAAAAAAUGUAGAAGUGGUGAGAAAAGUCUUGAAGAUGUUUAUACAGGAGAUUUUCUUAAGGGUGAAAGAUCAUCUUCUAGAGCUGUGCACUUGGAGCCUGAAAUCAAUAAUUUCCAAGAGGGAAGCCAGAACAAAUCUGAGAAACUAGAUCCAAAUAUGGAAAUUUGCUUUGAUCAUGAAAGGAGAGGUCUUUCAGAAGAUAAAAGCAGAGCCAGUACUACACCAGAGAUGCCUGUUGCAUUUGCUGUUCCUGCUCAUGAGACCUUGUUUCCUUCAGGGUAUAUUAUUCCUCUUGCUCAGUGCACGCAGCAUGGCAACGAGGCCAUAUUUUCUAACAAGGAAAAGUCUGGGAUAUGUUCGCUGCCACACAUGACCUACAGUUCACCCAUUGCAGGUGUUGUUCCAGUGACAGCUUCAGAAUUUACAGCAGUUAAUAUUCCUGCUUUUCAUGUCACACCCUUGAAGUUAAUGGUAUCACCGUCUUCUAUAGCUGCUACACCUGUAGUAAACCGCUCGUGUCUUAAUUCAAGCCAUAGCAAUCCUGUCCAAAACCCAAGCUCUUCAAUUCUGAACUUUACACUACAGCACUUAGGACUUAUACCUGCUGGUGUGCAAGUUUCUCCAAAUCCUGUGCUUCAGCCAGUGCCAAUCUCUCCAAAACCAGAGCAUGUUAGUCCUGUUUCAGAGAAUGUGAGCUUGCAACAAGGAAGAGUGUUUAAAAAUGAAUCACAGAUAACUGAGUGUGACAUAAAUGGAAAAUCAGGUGCAGUAAUUCCUUUACAGCAGACUACUGUUCCAGUGAAACCCGAAGAGCCACAGCCAGUGACUGAAAAUUUUUUCCGUACGCCUGGAGGGCCGAAUGCAAUUUCUAGUUUUGCUUCAUCUCCUGCAGAUUCAGACGGUGUGGAUGGAAUUUCACGAGGAAACUUGUUUGCCCCACAAAGAAAACUUGAAGUGUCAGAGGACCAACUUUGACCAGGAUGUCUGGCUGUUAAACUUGUUUUGUGGAUAUAUUUUUCCAGUACAACAUGUUGCAUGCAUCUUACCAUUGUGAUUUGGAAGAUUUAGCCCCUGGAAACGAAUUGUAAAUGCAUUAAGAAGUCCUCAAUACUGGAAAAGCCUUAUUUAGUGCUUAGGAUUAAAAUUGGCUCUUUUUUAUAAAAGCAAACUAAUGUCCAUUAAUUUCUGCAAAUGACUUGUUUAAAGCAUUACAACCAACUAUGUACCUAUUGUCUGUUUUACUCUUCAUAACAGUACAGAGCAAACAGUACAAAGCAAACUGAGUAAAUACAACACCACACAGUAUCAGUACAUGUUUUGCACAAUGAAAGUACUGUGAGCAUGUAAUAUAUUGUAUUUUUAAAUAGAAAAGGCUAUAGUUAAA